AGGAGUCCGUAUGGAAAGGGAGGCUAUAUUUCUCUGCCAUUGAGUUUGCAUUGAGUUUUUGGUUCGCAUUGAAAAUGAAUGCCAAUUACGACACACAGAGUGGUUGUGCUCUACAAUACAUACUAUAUGUUUGGCGUUCAGUCAUACCAUGUCUUAUGGCUGACCGACACUCGCUUGUCAUCGCAGGCAUUGGUUAACACAACUCUAUCACCAUUUGAGCCGAUAAUUAACCCCCAAAUUAAUCAUACGAUCGUCGCUAACGAUUGUCGUCACCAAUUGAUCCCACGUAUUGUGUCCGGCGAUGGAUAGGCGACCAAAAGCGACCAUCAAUUGUCUCGUUUAGUGGUUUCACAUCCCAUUGAAACACUCGCUUAGCGUCGAGUCGACUGAGCGUUGGUGAUCGCUCGGUCUUAGCGCUAGUCUUCGGCGGCGAUGACGACCUCAUCGGAGGACGUGUUGCGAGUGGUGGAGAACGUGAGGAUGAAGAAGGCCGACGGCAGCCUCUAUAUGAUGGCCGAACGCAUCGCGUGGAUGCCCAACAACGGGAAGCAAGUCUUCACCAUUUCUCACAAAUACGCCGACAUUAAGACACAGAAGAUAUCGCCCGACGGGAAGCCCAAGAUUCAGCUGCAGGUGGUGUUGGACUCCGGCAGCGAUACCUUUCAUUUCGUGAACCCUUCGGGAGUCGAGAGUCAACUCCACGACCGAAACGAAGUGAAGGAACUCUUACAACAAUUGUUACCCAAAUUCAAGCGAAAACUAUCCAAAGAGAUCGAAGAGAAGAGCCGUAUACUGAACGAAGACCCGGAACUCUUUGGCUUAUAUAAAGAGUUGGUCACCUCUAAUAUCAUUAGUGCCGAAGAGUUUUGGGCCAAUUAUGCCACCAAAAGACGUGACUUCAAAGACAAAAGCGAACCGAACGGCCAAAGGGUUGGCGUUUCGGCCGCUUUUCUGGCGGACAUUCAGCCGCAAGUGGACGGAUGUAAUGGAAUCAAAUACAAUAUCUCCAAAGACAUCAUAGACGCCAUCUUCAGUACAUAUCCGGCCGUUAAGAGGAAACACUUCGAUACCGUUCCCCAUAAAGUGUCUGAACAGGAGUUCUGGCAGAAGUUCUUUCAGUCCCAUUACUUCCAUAGAGACCGCAACUCUUCGACCAAAGAUUUCUUCAACGAUUACUCUAAUCAUGACAUCGAAAGUGCAUUAAGAAGAGGUAUAAUCGAUCCGUUCGUUGACUUGUCGUCGAUGGACGACAAUGCGAUGACUUCGACAGACACUCGCGAAGAGAGGGAAAAGCUUAGAAACGAAUCGUUGAAUUCGUUGGCGAAUACAAAUCAGGCACUGAUUAAGCGAUUUAAUCACCACUCGAUUAAAGUGUUGGAGUCAUCGAUGAACAGGAGUUCUGAGAAUGGGGUCAACGCUUCCAAAGAGGCGAACCCUUCGCCCGUACUUAACGGUCACGUCUCGAAGAAGUCUAAAACGUCUCACUCUUCGGCCACCACAACGAUAACGCCUGUCAUCGACGACAGCGAACUCAACGCCAUUCAAGAAGAGAGGGAUCACAUGAAGAGAUUAAAACUGGAAGAGAAGACCCAAAUGGACGACUUGGAGGACGUCGAUAGUCAGAAAGUGAAGAUACCUGUGCUUAACAUUAAGAACAGAGACCGCUAUCUCGCGGGUCCCAUACCUAACGGCGACUGUGAUAUCUAUAAUAAUAGUUAUUCCUAUGAAAGCAAUCAUAACAAUAAUGUAGACAAUAAUAGUAUGUAUGACUCGUGCGUCCAAAUGGACAAUUUGGUGGCCAAUUGGCGGCCGCGGUGUCAGAGCGCUCUCAACUCGGGCUCUGCCAUCUCUGCCUUAUCUGAGUUGUCUCCGGGAGGGCUUCUCAUGAAGACAUCCCAUUCGACGAAUCUUAAAGACGAAGUGCCGCUCGACGUCCAGAAGGAGCUCAAGAAUUUGACGUUCGCUUUGAAUGAGUUGUUACGGCAUUUCUGGUCCUGUUUUCCGGCGACGUCUCCGCAGAUCGAAGACAAGUUAUACCAAAUGAAGAGCACUUUAGAGCGCUUUCAAUACGCAAAGCUUCAGCCCUUUAAAGACAAACUGAGCCGAGAAUACCAUACGACAGACCUAACACUUCAUCUCUCAAACCAAAUUCAAGUGGCGUUCAGUCGAUUCACUUCAUGGCAGGCGAAGAAGAAUGCACUCAAUUCUAUUAUUUUAAUGAUGUAUGGCUCGGAAAUGAUCGCCUCAGCCAUACCUCAAGUCAUACCUCAAGCUAUACCUCCAGAAUCGCAAACUAUAUUAGAAACAGUGGCCAAAGGAGGAGCUCCUCUAGAGGCCGACAAUGAGGGCCAACACAUCCUAUCGUUUGCUAUCGCAGACGCCGGUGAUUGUAGUCGUGGAGACUUGACUCCAGUCACCAAUUGUUGUCUUAAGAAGAGAUGUUACGAAAAUGUUUUGCCCAAAACACAGAACGAUCUCUUCAACUGCUUUUGGCGAAUCGGAGACUACGCUAAACAGAACUACUUCUUAGUGGGACUAAUGGCCGCUCAAACUCCUAAACAAGUAACGAGUCGUCCUCUCAAGAAGAAUAAGAGCUUGAGUUGGAAGUAUUGGGUUGACAUCCGGGGCCGCAAAGUGCAGGUCUGUAAGGGUUUCUUUCUGGCCGUGUAUGGCGUGUCCGACAAAAGG